AUGGACCUGGACAGAGCUGAACUCUGCUUCCCUCAGCUCCUGAACCUGUCCUGCAGAGGACUGACGCGUCCUCCCUCUGAGGCCAUCCUCCUCUACACGCUGCUCUACUCCAUCUCUGUGGUCACCGUUGCUCUGAACCUGCUGGUGGUCAUCUCCAUUUCUUACUUCAAAAAGCUCCAGACCCCCACCAACACGCUGCUGCUCUCCCUGGCCAUCUCAGACCUCCUGGUGGGGCUGCUGGUGAUGCCGGUGGAAACGAUACGAUUCAUAGAGCCCUGCUGGCUGCUGGGCGACCUCAUGUGCGCUCUGUCUUACAUCAUCGGCUUCACCCUCACCUCCGCCUCUGUGGGGAACAUGGUGCUCAUAUCCAUCGAUCGUUACGUGGCCAUUUGUUUUCCUCUGCAGUACCCCACUCAAGUCACCCACAGUCGAAUUCAGGCGUCUGUCAGUCUGUGCUGGUUCUGCUCACUUCUCUACAACGGGCUCAUCCUGAAGGAGCAUCUUAGGCAGCCAGACAGGUACAACUCCUGCUACGGGGAGUGCUUGGUGGUGAUCAGCUACAUCUCUGGAACCGUUGACCUUGUGAUCACCUUCAUUGCUCCUUGCUCGGUGAUCGUCGUCCUGUACGUUCGAGUGUUUGUCGUGGCAGUGUCUCAGGCUCGGGCCAUGCAGUCUCACAUCACGUCCGCUGCAGUCGCCUCAGUCAAAGUCACUGCGCAGAAGUCGGAGAAAAAAGCAGCCAGGACUCUUGGUGUUGUGAUUUUAGUGUUCUUGUUGACUUUCUGUCCAUAUUACUAUCCGUCUCUUGCAGGACACGACAUCUCCAACGGCGCUUCAUCUUGGGCCAUCGUGUCCUGGAUGCUGUAUUUCAAUUCUUGUUUGAACCCACUCAUAUAUGCUUUUUUCUACCCGUGGUUUAGAAAAACGAUGUAUUUAAUCGUCAGCCUGAAGAUCCUGGAGCACGACCCCUUUCAGGCAAACAUAUUUUAA